GAAUGUGGUGUCAGUGGUCGUUUUGACUAGAGAACGACAGUAGCGCCGUAAGAUAGUCGUGUUUACAGAUUUACCAGUGAGUUCUACAACGUCACGUCAAAAAGUGCAACAAAUUUCUACCACCAUUUACUAUGUAAAGAUAAUGUAGGUAUAGUUUAUUCAAACAAGGCCUUUAGGGUAUAAUUAUAUUUAAUGUCAGUGAAUGAGUUGGAUGAUUGUUAUUGGUGGUGCGAUUAUUGGACCAAGAGGUAUUGAGACAAUUGGAAUAUAGCAAAGAGCACACAAAAUGACGAUUGCCACAAGAGGCCAAGGAGUAGGCAUAGACCCUCCUGACAGCCAGCAAAGUACACAGAUGCAUAGUCCACCGGGUCCGCAACAAUUAGCUGAUACAAUGUCAGGACUUCAACUCACGGAAAAUGUGGUACAAACAGAAUGCACCAAUGAUACCUUAACUUCAAUAGAGGAUAGUAAUCAACUUCAUGGCGAACCCGAUUUUCCUGUUGCAAAACUCAAUAUGCUUCAUGAAAAAAUAUCUAGUCCACGAUGGGUUGUACCAGUUCUACCAGAACAAGAAUUAGAGUGCCUGUUACAAGCCAGUAUCGAUCUUUGUAAAAAAGGAAUUGAUGUACAAAGUGAAGCAUGUCAGCGCUUUUUUCGAGAAGGACUCACUAUUUCUUUUACUAAAAUAUUGACUGAUGAUGCAGUAAGUAGUUGGAAAAUGAAUAUUCAAAAUUGUAUUAAUGCAAACUGCGAGCGAUUGGUGGAUCUAUGUAUUCUGAAACUAGAUGAGGAUUGGUUUCCUCUUCUUGAUUUGCUGGCAAUGGUUUUUAAUCCUAGUAAUAAAUUUCAUACAUUUAAUGCAGCAAGAGUUUCAGAAACUGUGCCACCGGGUAGUGAUAUCCCUGAUGAACAGCUUUAUGCCCGGCCACCUCCUGAUUCAAGAAGUCCUCGUGGAUGGCUAGUAGAUCUCAUAAAUAGAUUUGGCAGUCUUAAUGGAUUUGAAAUUUUACUCUCCAGAUUUCAAAAUGGCCGAAAUUUAACAGUACCAGUUAUUUAUGCUUUAAUCAGACCUUUCGGUUUAUGUUAUGAACUACUUACUGUUCACACAAUAGUUAAAUAUCUUAUGCCUAUUGUGGAAAUGGUGCCUGUAAUUUUGAAUAACUUAACCGAUGAAGAAUUAAAAAAAGAAGCGAAAAAUGAAUCAAAAAAUGAUGCAAUAUCAGCUAUAAUCAAAGCCGCCAAAUGUUUAGUAUCACGAGUACCACAUCAAGAAGAGAUGAUUAAAAAUUUAGGAAUUCUGAGAUUGAAAAUGAUAUUGAGACUCUUGCAAAUUUCUUCAUUUAAUGGAAAAAUGAAUGCUUUAAAUGAAGUAAAUAAAGUGAUUGCUACUGUUAGUUUUUAUCAACAUCGAAAUGCGAUAGUUGAAGAAGAAGAAUGGCUUACUGCAGAAUGUAUGGCGAAAUGGAUAAAAGAAAAUGGAGUUUUAGAAAUUGUUUUAAGAGAUUCGUUACAUCAACCUCAAUAUGUUGAAAAAUUGGAAAAGAUUUUACGCUUUAUUAUAAAAGAACGAGCAUUAACUUUAGAAGAUUUAGAUGCUGUUUGGGCAGCACAAGCUGGAAAACAUGAAGCAAUUGUGAAAAAUGUUCAUGACUUAUUAGCCAAACUUGCUUGGGAUUUUAGUCCUGAACAACUUGACCAUUUAUUUGAAUGUUUUCAGAUGAGUUGGAAGACUGCUAAUAAAAAACAAGGAGAAAAAUUAUUAGAAUUAAUUCGCAGAUUAGCAGAGGAUGAUAAGGAUGGAGUAAUGGCACAUAAAGUUUUAACUCUUUUUUGGAAUUUGGCUCAUUCUGAUGAAGUGCCUACUGAAAUAAUGGAUCAAGCAUUAAAUGCUCAUGUAAAGAUUCUUGAUUAUUCGUGUUCACAAGAAAGAGAUGCUCAAAAGACAAUUUGGCUGGAUAAAUGCGUGGAAGAAUUAAAAAAUAGUGAUAAAUGGGCUUUACCUGCAUUAAAACAAAUUCGGGAAAUAUGCUGCCUUUAUGAACCAAAUCCUAAUAUAGCAUGUCAUGGACAACGGAAUCAUCAUUAUAGACAAGAUGUUAUAGAACGACUUCAAGCAGAACAUUCUGCAGUAAUUCUUGUGACGAACAGUUUAACAAACUAUAUGGAUAAAAUGCGACAGUUGGUGAAAGAAAAUCCAGAUAUUGACGCAAAUAUUUAUAUGCAUGAUGGUCGUUAUAACCAUAUUAUGCAAGUCCAAGAAAGACUUAAUUUUCUUCGUUUUUUGUUAAAGGAUGGUCAACUAUGGUUAUGUGCAGAUCAAGCUGAACAAAUUUGGCAAUGUUUAGCAGAACAAGGUGUAUUUGUAUCCGAUCGUGAAGCAUGUUUCAAAUGGUUUUCAAAAUUAAUGGGAGAUGAACCAGAUCUUGACCCAGCAAUAAAUAAAGACUUCUUCCAAAAUAAUAUAUUACAAUUAGAUCCAACUUUACUUACGGAAAGUGGUAUUAAAUGCUAUGAAAGAUUUUUCAAAGCUGUCAAUUCUAAAGAAGGAAAAUUAAAAUUGAAAAGAAGAACAUUUCUUAUGGAUGACGUUGACCUAAUUGGUACAGAUUAUUUAUGGCGUGUUGUGACCAAUAGUCCUGAAGAAAUUGCAAAUCGAGCUAUAGAAUUAUUAAAAGAAGUGAAUACUAAUUUAGGACCACGACUUCAGUCAUCAGUUUUGGCAUUUCAUGUGACAUAUAUAGGAGAAUGUAUGGACAGAUUGAAAGCUCAUUAUGAUACUGUAUCCGUAUUAAGUAAAGUAUAUCUUGAAGGAAAAGAAGAACGUGAGCAGCAAAUGUCAAAUAAAAUUAAAAUAGAAGCUAUGAAGAUGUGUCGUGUUAUGAAGGUAUUACAAGAAUAUAUAAAUGAAUGUGAUACAACAUUUCCAGGAGAACGGAAAAUAUUACCAUUACAUAGAGCAGUUCGUGGGAAGCAUCUAUCUUUUAUCAUUCGUUUUGCGAAUCCUGGUCGUAAUGUGGAUGAUAUAGAAAUAUUUACACAUAGUAAUGACACUUUAGGAUCAUUAAGGCGACAAAUAUUACGCAGAAUUAAAGCCAAUGGAUCAAAUGUAAAACUUGAUUUAUUUCUUAAUGGAGAACCUUUAGAAUCAACAGAUGAUAGAAAACUACUUUCUCAAACUCCAUUAAGAGAUAAAAUGCUAUUGUCUGCGAAAUUAAGUCAAGUUAAUAGCAAUUUGCCAAGUUCACCAGAUAGUAGUUCAGAUAGUUCUACUAGUUCUCCACAUCAUCCAUAUGAUGGGCCAGAUAUAGAAGCAGAAAAUAGUUUACCUGGUGUGGUUAUAUCACAAAGAUCGCAGUAUGCUACAUUCUUCUUUCAAUUGGCAGAUCUUGGAUGUAGUCUUCAACACGCGCAAUUACGCGAUGGUGCAAGAAAUUUAUUACAAUUGGUGCCACCAGAUACUCUUACUGUAUCACGAUUACAAUCAUUAUUCGGUCACUGUAAAGAUGAUAACAAUUUAGAUAAUGCUCUUUGUAAUGAACAAAAUACUACAGUAGAUUCUUUAUUUUUUACUGCAAGUUCUAGCCAAGUUUUAUACAAUUUAGAGGUUUUAUAUAGUUUAUUAAUGCCAGUUUUAGAUCCAAUGUCAGAAAGAGCAUUUGAGUUUCAGUGUAAUUUCAUAAAGAGUGGCGAAGCUGGUGUUAUUCUUGAAAUGUUAACUAAAAAUAAAUUUUUACCAAAUGCAGAUGAAACUACGAAACGAGCAGCAUAUUUAACAGUUUUAAAAUUAUGUAAACUUCUAUUAACGACAGUGGGUAAUGUGAUGGCUUGUGUAAUGGAUGAAAUGCAGCAAGCUGGAAUUUCAGAAAAUCACGAUAAUCAUGUUCACAAUAAUCGAGGUCCAGUAGCAGUUUUAAAACAAGCCUUACAAAGUGUACCUAAUCAGAAUACUGAAUAUAUGUUGAGAAGUGUAGCAACGAAUUUGGCGCAACAUUUAGCGCUUCGAAUGUUGUGUGGAGCAGCAGAAUUUGACAAAUGUCGACAACUUUUUAUGCAAGCUCUUUCCUGGGAGUUACCAGAUGUAGCUACUAUUCGUGCCAUAAUUAGGCUAGCAUGGGCGGCAUCCACAGGUAAUUUAAACAAUAUAAAUGCAUCUGCUGAAAUGCUUCAUACACUUCAUGAAAUAAACGAAAAGGAAACAUCAAAUAAUCCUGACAAUAAUGAUGUGUUAGUAUGUAAAGAAGCAUUAGAAGUUCUGACAAUCGCUUUGGUAUUGAAUCCAACUGCAUUAGAAUCAUUAUCAAGAGAUAAAAUGUGGCAUACAUUUUUGAUAGAUCUUGUGCUCUUGAGUACAUCAAGAGUAGUUAGAAUGGCUGCGGCUGAACAAUUUUUUCUUAUAUCGACAUGGUAUAGUAGUGGUCAUCAACCAUUACUUUUUGCAAUAACAUUACUUUUCACUGUUUUGAACACUACUGUUAUGGAACAUGCAAAACAAAGUCACGAAUAUUUUCAGCUUUUAUGUAGAUUGUUAAAUUUUGCACAUAUGUCGGGAUGUCCUCUCUUGACAGCUGAAACAUUAUUGAACAUUGAAAUAGCAUGGCUAAAAAAAGUACGGGACAAUGUUAAAGAAACUGGAGAAAGUCAAGUUGAUGAAGCCGUUCUCGAAGGUCACCUUAGUCUUACUAAAGAAUUACUUUCUUUUUUACCUCCAAGUAAAAAAUACGAACUUGGCUCUGAUGAAAAACAUGGAGUAAAUUUGAUUAAAGAAUUGGUUGAAGAUUUUGUAUUUCCUGCAUCUCGUCUUAUGUUGCAACUUCGUAGCACUGGAGAACUGAGUGCUUCGCAAGCGAGCCCAGUAUGCACGACUCCUCAAUCGACUAGCGCCGCAUUUGAUUUACUUGUAGGUCUUUGUGUAGGCUGUGUACCUAACAUGAAACUUCUAGUCACAAUGCUCACUGAUAUGUUCUACUCUGAAAGAGAUGAACCGCUAGUAGAAUGGGAUUACUUACCACCCGUCGGGCUUAGGCCAUUAAAAGGUUUUGUAGGUUUGAAAAACGCUGGCGCAACUUGUUAUAUGAAUUCAGUAUUACAACAAUUGUAUAUGGUUGAGAGUAUAAGAGUUGGACUUUUGGCUGCAGAAGGUGCAGCGAUAGAUUUGAACGAAGAUUUUUCUGGAGAAGAAAGAAUUGAAGGAGAACAAACGAUAGAAACAAAUGAUAAUGAUACAAAUGAAGAAAAAUGUGGAGCAGAUGAAUCUCGAAAAGAAUAUAAUAUUGGUAUUUUAAAGCAAGUUCAAGCAAUUUUUGGUCAUUUAGCAUAUAGUAAAUUACAAUAUUAUAUACCUAGAGGACUUUGGAAACAUUUUAAACUGCAAGGUGAACCUGUAAAUCUUAGAGAACAACAAGAUGCAGUAGAAUUUUUUAUGAGCUUAGUGGAAAGUUUAGAUGAGGCAUUAAAAGCCUUAGGACAUGAACAAAUAAUGAGCAAAAUUCUGGGUGGUUCAUACAGUGAUCAGAAAAUCUGCAAAGGUUGCCCUCAUAGAUAUUCCAAGGAGGAACCAUUUAGUUUGAUAAGCGUGGAUAUAAGGAAUCAUAGUAAUUUAUUGGACUCUCUUGAACAAUAUGUAAAAGGAGAAUUAUUAGAGGGUGCAGACGCUUAUCAUUGCGACAAAUGUAAUAAAAAGGUUGUGACGGUAAAACGAUUGUGUGUAAAGAAGUUACCACCUGUUUUAGCCAUACAAUUAAAAAGAUUUGAAUAUGACUAUGAAAGGGUUUGCGCCAUAAAAUUUAACGAUUAUUUUGAAUUUCCACGAGAUUUGGAUAUGGAACCUUAUACUGUUUCUGGACUCGCAAAAUUGGAGGGAGAAGUUAUAGACUGUGAUUAUGAAGAGUCAAUGAAAGGAACUUGUACUAAGUAUCAAUUAACUGGCAUUGUAGUACAUAGUGGUCAAGCUAGUGGUGGUCAUUAUUAUUCAUAUAUUUUACAUAGGCAAAAUGAUGGUGUUGCGAAAUGGUAUAAGUUUGAUGACGGUGACGUUACGGAAUGUAAAAUGGAAGAAGAAGAAGAAAUGAAAUCUCAAUGUUUUGGUGGUGAUUAUUUAGGAGAAGUAUUUGACCAUAUGCUUAAAAGAAUGAGUUACCGAAAACAAAAGCGAUGGUGGAAUGCUUAUAUGUUAUUUUAUACCAGAUUAGAUGUAGAAGAAAAUUCUUUAAUGAAAAGUGUUAACGAAUUAUCAUUGUAUACGAAACUAGGAGUUAUGAAAAUGCCCUCAGCUAUUGAAUAUAGUGUCAGAAAACAAAAUAUCAAAUUUAUGCAUAAUCGAAAUCAAUUUAGUGCAGAAUAUUUUCAAUUUAUUAAAAAACUUGUAUCUUGUAAUCCUCAUAACAUCAAUAGACAAAAUAUGAAUGAAAAACUUAGCCCAGAACAGGAGGAACUCGCAAUGUUAUCUGUACAAUUAGCAUCAAGAUUUCUGUUUUAUACAGGUUUUCAUACUAAGAAAACUUUACGCGGUAAUGCAACAGAUUGGUAUGAUAUCGUUUGCCAUCAUUUACGUAGCAGCAAAUCAGUGCGAUCUUGGUUUGCUCAUAAUGUUCUAUUUAAUCAUCCUCAUAGAUUUUGCGAAUAUCUUUUGAGUUGUCCCAGUACAGAAGUUCGAACAGCUUUUCUUAAAAUAUUGGUAUUUCUUGCACAUAUUUCUCUCUUAGAUGGACCGUGCGUACCGCCUAGUCUAAAUGCACCAACUAUACUUUUGGAUCCAACAGCAACGCUUAGUGAUCAUUUAUUACACGCAGUUCUUUCUUUACUUCAUCGUGAAAUCUCGGAUCAUGGACGCCAUCUACCACAUUAUUUCUCACUAUUUCAUACGUAUGCAUCGCUUGGUCUUGCAGAAAAAGCUCAAUUGCUUAAGUUAAAUGUCCCCGUUACAUUUAUGCUGGUUGCAAUUGAUGAAGGACCCGGUCCUACGAUAAAAUAUCAGUAUCCUGAAUUAACAAAAUUGCAUCAAGUAGUUAGUAUGUUGAUACGUUGUUGUGAUGUAUCAUCAAAAGCACACUCGAGUCUUGCACAAUCAGGAGUAGUACCUUUAUCAAAUCCAUAUGGUGAUCCAGCAUGUCAAAAUGAAUAUUUGAUGCCUAUUCAACCACAAGCAGCAGAUAUACUCUUCGUUAAAAACAGUUAUAUGAAAAAAUUAAUCGAAGAUGCAGAUGUUAAUGUUACUGAAGAUACAGUAAAAUUAUUGCAAUAUUGUUGUUGGGAGAAUCCUCACGUAUCUCGAACUGUUCUCAGUGAAUUGUUAUGGCAGAUUGGAUUUUCUUUUGCACAUGAAAUAAAACAUCAUACUGACUUAUUACUUGCUGUACUUCUUAUGGAAGAUUCAUGGCAAACACAUCGUGUUCAUAAUGCUCUAAAAGGUGUACCAGAUGAAAGAGAAGGUUUAUUUGAGAUAAUACAAAGAAGUAAACAUCAUUAUCAGAAAAGAGGAUAUCAGUGUAUUAAAUGUAUGGUGCAACUUUUUAGUAAAUGCAGACCUGCACAUCAACUUUUACAUCAUAGUUCGGAAUUGAAAAGAAAAUGGAUACAUGCUACCGACUGGCUUCAUGAAGAACUCGAUAAAAGACCUUAUACUUCUGCAGCACCAUAUACCCAUGCAUAUAGUAAUUGGUCUCCACCAGCUCAAUCUAAUGAUUCUGCGAAUGGUUAUGUUUUGGAACGUAGUAACAGUGCAAAGAAAACAUUAGAAAGGGCAUGCGAACUCUGUCCCGAUGAAGAACAGGAAGUGGAAGACACAAGCGAGGAUUGUACGGAAGAAACAGAAAAGUAUCAACCACAAAACAGAGAUAUAUUGCGAUCGAGACGUAGUUUAGUCUGGGGAUGUAUAGGUUAUCCUGAUGUUACUGUAAUACAACAAAUGCAAGAAGAACAACAAUCUCAACCUAGACCAUCUCCAGUUCAUACUCCUCUUUGGUCCCAAUCUCCAGUUAUACUCACACCACCAGCUCAUCAGUUACAUAGUCCACAAAACUGUGAGUCAUCACAAAAUACCAGCCAGGAUCCAUAAUGAACGCUACAUAUUGACGUUCUACCAAGUUGCUGCCUCGGUGAAACCAUUUCAAGAUAUUUAGAAAUUACUGCGCCAGCAGCUUGGUGCCGAACGAUAGAGGCACCUGUACAAAUAUAACUCGCAGAUUUGUUCUCUUUUGCUGGUAUUCAAGAACUUGCAUUUGUAACUUGACAGUUUUACUGUGGGCAGUUACUUUGAAUGAUACGAUGUGGCAUAGCUAUCUGCACUAUUGAGAAGAAAAAAAAGAACGAUAUUAGAAACAGCAAUUAUUAAAUAAGAACAGAAUUUUUACGUAUUGAUUGAGGCAACGAAUUCUCAUCGUGAUUUUUUCUUAUCCCUAAUGUUCAUGUAUUCUUUGUUUAUUGCACUUAUAUUAUUUGAACUUUAGAGAAUAUCGGGUAAAAAGAACAUUUUCUUAGAAAGAAAUCUUCGGAAAAGAGAUUGACAAGGAAAAAAAAAAGAAAAAAAACGAUUGAGCUAAAAAUUAUAUUUGCCUCGAUUAAUGCAUUUGAAUUCAAGUGUAGGAAUACGAUAAGAUUGUAUAAAUGUAUAGCGAAUAGUGUUAUGGAAUCCCGUCUCUGCCGGAAUAGAAAACAAAGAUAUAAAAAAAAAAAAGAACAUAACUUCCGUAUGUCUAUGUAAAUUUGUUACUAAUAAAAAGUUAAAAAAUGAAACUUUCUAACGACCGAAGAAUAAGGCUAAAAAAUACAGUAGUUUCCGACUUAAUUGAAAAGAGCAGAGUUACAAAUCAAGAAAAAAUUACACAUUUACCAAUAUUUCACUAUUUUAGUCUUUCAAAUGAAAUGAAAAUUUCCUUGUACUUAAUCUUGAAUAUCAAAGACAAAAAAAAAGGAGAUAAAAAAGAAAAAAAAAGAAAAAUAAAGAAAGGAAAGUCACUUCUUCGAUACAGCUAUUUUAGCUGUAUAAGAAUUUAAACAUAUACCAAUGAUGCCUCCCAUUGUGCUUUCUUUCAGUUCAUCUAAUUUGAGAAAAGAGUUGUGCCUUCGAUAUCGUGCGACUCCAUUUGUAUUUAGAUAGUUGUUUAAGAAACGAAUUGUUAUUUCAAGUUUGAUUAUAUGUAUUUUGUCUGUUAUGUUUUUGGGCUAUUUAUAAGAAAUGAUGAGAAAAAAUUUGAUCGAGCGAAAUUCAAGUAGAUGGUGCAGUUGAUUGUUUAAAAAUUAUACAAGUAAGAAAUGACAAAUAUGACGGAAUAUUUCUAAUUUUAAAUAAUAAUGAAUACACACAUAAAAAUGCGGCAGAAAUAAAAGAUCAGUUUGUGUUUAACAUAAGGAGUCGCAGUGCCGCAAAAAAGAAAAAUAAGCCUUGUUCGAAAUCCAAAAAUUUCUAUAAAACGAAAAACGAAUGAAAAACGGAAUUGAAGAAAGCGUGACGGUAGCGACACAAAAGGGUAUGAAAUAAAUAUAAAAAGAAUAACACUAAUUUGUAUCGUUCUAAGGUACGAUCCAUCGUUGAAAAAAAAAAAAAGAGCUAUGGUCUUUUCGCAGUAUUGUAAAAGCAAUUCUUAGUUUUCAAUUAAUAAAAAGAAAAUGAUAGAUUAGAUGAUACUGCUUAUACACUGUUCGGUACUUUAUCAGGCAUUUGUAUAAAAACAAUGAAAUAAUAAAACAUGAGAAUAACAAUGACUGCGAUUCUUUAACAUAUGAAUUGGCCAUAGCUCUAGACUUAUUAAAUAAUAUGUGUUAUAUAAAUAUUAUAUAAAUAUUACUAAAGAGGAAGAAAGAGAAAAAUAAAGUCACGUGUAAUGAGGAUAUAAAGAAACCGUGUGUAUACAUAGGAAUUCGUGCGAUGAGAAAAUCAACGAUUAUGUCAAGACACCAGGAAAUAAUGAUAUAUUGAUUACUGUUCGUAUUUAUCAAAUAUUCACGUUAAACAGUGUACCAAAUUAUAAUAUAAUAGCUACUAUCGGUUAAAAUAAUAAUGGUACCUAAUCUUACUCAGAUAUGUACAUAUGCAACUGCUUUUUAUAUGUGAUAAAAAUUAUUAUAUUCCUAUUAUACAUUGAGGUUAGUACGCUAUUGUAAAUCCUGGUUUUUUGUACACAGACUGUAUGCUAAGUUCAAUUUUUUGUUAACGGAGAGAAUGUAGUUUAUAAUUAUUUAAUAUUUAAUUGUAUCGCUAAAAGAAUAAGCGUAACACGUCUUGUAUGAUAUACAUAACUUGAUUACUUUCAAACAAUCAAUAUCAGAUUUAAGUGGUCGAACUUCGAAGUUUGUAUCAUGAUAUAUUAGUACUAUAGUGUCAUUUCUUUUUCUUUCUUUCUUUCAUAUUUUGUUCUCUUUCUUUUUUUUUUCUUUCGAACGAGCAAUGAUAGAGAUAGAAAAGUGGAUAUGAGAUAUAACACAACCGGGCAAAUGAUUCUAAUUCACGGUUUUAACGAAUCACGAAUUUUGUGCAAAAUAUAUCUACGAGAGUCGAUCAAGAUUGACCAUCUUUAAUACGGUAAUUGCGAACAAUCACGCUCGUUUUUUAUAGUCAACGAAAGAUAGUCGGAUGCAAAAUUACAUUUUUGCAUGAAACUUAAUUAUACAGAGAACAACAACGAUGAAAAAUGAUGCAAAAAAAAAAAAAAAAAAAAA